CUGUGCCGCCUCUGCCCCGGAGGAAAGCCCGCCCAGAAGAGGAGGCGAAGUCCUGGCCGUGCCGAAGCGCCGGCAGCCGCCCCGGAAAAGAGACGGGCUCGGCGGAAGCGGCGGCAGCAGCAGCAGCAGCAGCAGCCGGAACCGGCGGGGAGACGGUUGACUGCGGGCCGGCGGGCCGCGGGGGCGGCGUGGAAGCCAGGCGCGGGAGGGGGCAGCAUGGGGGCCGCCCGGCUGCUGCGGGCCGCGCUGUGGGCCCUGCUCCUGCCGCUGAUAAGUGCCCAGGGAGGGGUUCUGCAUGCAGUUCAAAUUGACAGUCCCUAUUUAACAAAGGAUUAUUGCAUCUAUUACAAUUCUACCUGGACGUCCCUUCCUGAUAGUUUAUCUACCAUUGCCUAUGCAAGACUGGAGUUUUUGACCCCCAGGAUGCUCUGCAGCCCAUCUGAGGUUACGCAAGACAUCAGGAACAAAGCAAUCGUAGUGAAGAGGGGAAAUUGUACUUUUCUAGAGAAGGCGGAGAUUGCUCAGCGGUUCGGUGCUAAGUUACUGCUGGUGGCUAGCGAAACUUCCAUUCGUUCUCCUGGAGGAAACAAGACCCAGAAUCUGACCAUUCCUAUUGCGCUCGUCAGAGACACAGACAUAAAGGAUUUGGAACAGAGUCUUGGAAGAAAUGUUAACGUGGGACUAUAUUCACCACCUCAGCCAUUCUUUGAUUAUAGUAUGGUGAUCAUUUUCCUAAUCGCGAUGUUCUGUGUGUCUCUUGGAGGCUACUGGAGUGGUAGGGCAGAGCUUGAGAAGCUGAAACGAGGCCCCAACCCCGGAAGCAAUGACUCAUUAUCGGACGAAGAAACGCUUACUCUAACCCCUUUGACAGUUGUCAUAUUUGUGUCCUUCUGCUGCAUUAUGCUGGUCUUGAUGUAUUUCUUCUACAAAUGGCUCGUGUAUGUUGUCAUUUCCAUAUUCUGCAUAGCAUCUGUUUCAAGCAUGUACUGCUGUCUCUCUGCCCUAUUGAAAAAAGUACCUUAUGGACAAUGCAGGUUUCCCUGCUGGAACCGCGCCCUUGAAGUGAGACUUGUUUUCCUCUUUCUGUUUUGCAUAGCACUCUCCGUUACCUGGGCUGUGUUUCGGAACGAGGAAAGCUGGGCUUGGAUUUUACAAAAUAUCCUGGGAAUUUCUUUCUGUCUGAACUUUAUUAAAACGCUCAAAAUGCCCAACUUUAAGUCAUGUGUGAUUCUUCUAGGUCUCCUUCUUUUAUAUGAUGUAUUUUUUGUCUUCAUCACACCUUACAUUACAAAAAGUGGAGAAAGUAUCAUGGUUGAAGUGGCACUCGGACCGCUUGAAAGCAGUGAAAAGAAUGAUGGAAACUUGAUGGAAGCCUCUGCUGAACAGUCAGCUCCUCAUGAGAAAUUGCCAGUGGUUUUCAAGGUGCCCAGGUUGGACUUAUCGCCAGCAGUGUUGUGUAUGAGACCAUUUUCAUUACUUGGAUUUGGUGAUGUUGUUAUUCCAGGUCUCCUGGUUGCGUACUGCAACAGAUUUGAUGUGCAAACCAGCUCUUCCUCUGUGUAUUUCAUUUUCUGCACCAUAGCUUAUGGUGUCGGCAUGGUGCUCACCUUCGUGUGUCUAGUAUUGAUGAGGAAGGCUCAGCCAGCUCUUCUCUAUUUAGUGCCCUGCACACUCAUCCCUUGUGUCCUGAUUGCUUUGUACCGCAAGGAGAUGAAAAAAUUCUGGAAUGGUAACAGCUACCAGGUGAUGAAUUCUGCUUCUAAUGAAGAAAAUGCCACACAAGCCACCCAACACCAUGAGGGACAAUAACGCAUCACCAAAAAUAAUGUACUAUGAUUUUCUACUCAAAUAAUAGAGACAGUUUAAUUUUUAAACUGGAAUAUUUCAUACACUUUAUUAUGAAAAGAAUCACCUUUUUUUACACUUGCACAUAUAUUUUUGUGAAACGUUUACUAUUGAUAUUCUCAGAAUUGCUAGAACAUGUUAUCUCUUGAGGUACCGAAACAUAUUCAAUAAACCUGUGCCUUGCUUCAAUUCAAAAGUUUGUGGCCUAUGAGAUAGAUAGUAUUUCUAAUCAAUCGUCCAAUUUCCUCCUGGAUCCCCAGGCUUUUCACCUAAAUCUUUAUUUGAAGCAUUUAGGAGCAGACCCAAAGUGUCUUAUCAGAGGUCCAGCUAGCAGAAAACGCCAUAGGUUACUAUGCAAAUACAAGAAAGUAACAAUGGGCAACUAAGAGUUUCAUGCAACCAUGUAAUCCCAUGAGUGCAGUUCCCAGAAGUCCAGGUUGAUGCCAGUAUUCUGUAGCAAAAUAUAUAUUUCAUUGCAUCCAAUGAUUGUUCCCCAAAAGAGAAGAACAGUGGCACUGAAGCCUCAACAUUCCCCCUUUUUAAGCUUAUAAAAUCCUAAAAGAACCCAAAACCUGAAAUGGUCAGCCCUGCCCUUUCCAUUUUAUAGCAAAGUCACUGUCACAAAUCUCUUUAUCUUCAGUGGCUGAAAGAAAAAAGAUACACAGCGUGUGGCCUCAAAAUGGGUCCUCACCCAUAUAAUAAUAAUAAUAAUUUAUAAUGUAUGAUAAUAAGACGGAGGAGUUAGGAAGUCAUAAAAUGAGUAAGAUGGACAAAAAAUCAGCUGGGAUGAGCCCAUCAACUCAUUAUUAUUAUAAUUAGGAGUUCCUGUACUUAAUCCAUCAUGAGAUCAUGAAUAUUAUUUUUAAAAAAUACUUAAGAUAAAAACAGGAAGAAAUACACAAAAACCAGAAACUUAUUUUUCCUCUUUAAACAUAAGCACAAAGUCUAAGUUUCAAAAUCAGAGGUUCAUUUUUAGUUCUCCCUAACUCACCUUUUAUUGCCAUUACUGUAACACAUCCAUCACUUGAAUUUUUAUUUCAACCUACGCCUUAAUGCAAAGCUUUUACAACGGUCAUAAUAUUAAUAAAAUAAAUUCAGCUCUAGCAUUUUGAUUUGAAAGAUUUCCUACUUUUAGCAUCUCCUGGAAGUGCUAAUGAACAGAAGUUUAGUAACUUUGAGCACCAACAUAGUUUUAAACCAAAGAUACUUGGAGGAAUGUGGAUAAGAAAAAAAAAAGGGAAAAAAGACUUUACUUGUAAUAUAAGAACAACAGUAUAACAUUAACUUCCUCAUUUGGUGUCUUCCAAAUAUCUUAGGACUGCAGCUACAGAAUAUUGUUAAGAAUUCUGGGAAUUGUAUUCUACGCAUGUUUAAAAGCCAUCGAGUUAGGAAAAGCUGGAAUAAUUAGGUAGCAUAGAUCUUGUAGCUCAAGCGAAAAGACCGGAAGCUUUUGAAAUAACUGUUUUUCAUGAUGUUUUCACUCAGGAGAAAUAGGCUUCAUUUAAAUGAAAUGUCAUUUAAGCUAAUGAGAACAAGUCUAAAAAGCAAUUUAAAAGCACACUCUGUUCUUUCUUAAUAGUUGCAUAUUUGUAAGUCAUCCCCAUACGAGACGGCAGAUCCGUAAAGCAAGAAUUUCCUCUGAACAUGUAGGCUGUCUCACAACAAUCUAAAAUUUUGAUUUUGUGUGGGCUUCUGAUUUGAGGUGACACCUGCAUGAUGAAGGUUGUCUUCCUCCCAUGCCCCAAGAUGUAGGCAAUGAAGGGGAAAAGUAGAUUGAGGUACCAUAGCUAUAAUUCCUUAAUCCAUGUAUCAGAUAAUAUGUUCAGGGACUUUCCUGGACCAUGGCAUGAAAGAGUUUCCAUUCACUGUUGAGCAGAAUAUAGAAAUGGAAAAUGGCCUACAUUUUCUUGAUACACCAUUGGGGUCUUCUGUAUACGUUUUCUUGUAAGGGACAGGAAGCACACGGCUGGGAUAUUUUGUGGUGUGUUUUUUUUUCCAGUUAUAAUUGAUGAACCUUUAAUUAUUACCUGAGUCCUUUCUGUCAAAGGGCUUACUGAUCAUAUGAGACACAUUUAAAACAACCAGGGGUGCAGAGCAGGGAUUCAAUUGGUGACUGACCAUCAGGUUUACAGAUCUAAGAAACUUGAAACAAUUAAUACUAAGCUUUAUUAUCCCAUCCCAACAUGACCCAUCUUUCAUUUUCUGUAUUCCUUUUAAUUAUUCUUUAGUCAACAAUAAUUCAAGUAGACUUCUCAUUUUAACACCGGUUGUAAUAUAUCAAGGGAACCUGAAACUUAUAUUUGCGUGAUGGACAGAAAACAGAUCCUUUUCUUUAAAAUGUCUUUUGAUAAGAGGCGAGUUUUUUAAAUUGUAGAUAAAAGGUUAGUUUUAGUUUUAAUUUUGCUGUGUUUGGAAGAGCGAAAGACAGCCAGAAAUGAAUAGACUUUUUGAACUGACUUUGUUUAUUUUUUUACAUUAUAUUGUUUGCUACUUUGGCAAAUUAAGUUCAAUAAAUUUAAUUUGUAGAGGAAUGUCAAAUUUAAUUUUGUUUUAAUGUCUAAGGUUCAUUGAAUUGCAUUUCUAAGGAAUAGAAUUGACAAAUCAUAUAAUAUUGUCCACUGAACAUGCAUUUGCUUUUUUGGGAUAACGAGUAGAAUAAGUAUGAUUCAAAUUAUGACAAAUGUUCCAAGUUUCUCAUUUUGAAAUGUCAAAUUAACAGUGUCUGUAUGGACUAUUUAACAAUAAUCUUAAAGUUGGGUGCUUUAACUAUUGGCUACUGAAUAACAUGCUAGGGGUCACAUUGAAAUUUACUAAAAGAGCUUAAAAAUCAAGUUGUCCAUUUUCACUUUAACAGCUUUAGUAAUAAGUUUAAUUAAUAGUAUUAAUCAUAGUACUGUUAAAAGCAAUAAUCCAGUCUGAUGAUCAUCUUCUUUGCUGCUUUAUUUUUGAAACAUUGUGUAUUUUUGUUUUCUAAGAUUAUUAUAAUUUGGAGAAACAUUUUGUAUCAAAUAAACUUUCAGCAAUAAUUGGGA